ACACCUGCAUCACCAUCGAACAGCAUUAAUUCAAUUUGCAACGUUUACCAUUUACGCUAAAUAUUUCCUGGUAGCACCGUUUAUUUUUGGUUGCGCAACACGCACGUUACAGCACGGCUUUUCAAGAUACAUACAAACAAACGCGCUGUUAAGCUCGAACCCGGUUGGAAUGGUUUUACAAAAGGGGAACUUUAACGUUGUGCUUCGGAAUAAAAGAACUAUUUAUAACGCUGCUUCGAUUAGAUAAAAGGAAGAACAAGCUUCAGGAAAGAAAUUGAACGUAACUUUGGUUUUCCAGGAUAAUCGAACGUGUGCCGUGCACGCUAUACCGGGCACUGUCCCACCCUUAAAUUUCGAGUUGGAAAACGAUUCGGUGCGUGCACUCAAGAAAUUAUGAAGUUAAUUAAAGUUUCCACGAGCGUAUUGCAUCAUGCAGGAAUUACUUCAAAAGAAAAUCCUCAAGACAGGACCUUACAGACCCAUCUCCGAGAAGGACACAAAUGAAAACACGACGAUUAUUUACGAGAAAGAUACCAACACAGAUUGGAAAAGAGAAACGCAUUUCUUCAAAGCACCACCGUACAUUUUGGGAUAUACUGGAUACAUUCCUGGGUUUAAUAGUAGUUAUGGUUUAUCGUUUAUGAGAGCCGUGGAAGAAGGUGCCAGAGAAUGGCGCGAAAAUCAAAUUAAAUUAAAAGCUCGUAGAGAUCUUAUGCAACCUAAGGUCGAAAAAAGCACUAUCCCUAGACACUUUUUAUUUCGACCGCGAGCUGAUGACAUAGAUAUACCAGUCGAUCAUGAUCACGAUUUUAAUCACGAUAAAAAUCGACUAACCACGUUUCAUUAUGAAGUUUCUCCUGAAAGACCACCAAUUGUAGGCUAUACCGGUCAUAUUCCAGGUUUUAAGGGAGAAGUUGCACUUUCGAAAAGAUAUGCACAAGCUGCGAAGAAGGGAUUGGAAUUAGUUCGAAAAGAACGCGAACAAAGACUCAGUAAAUUAAGAGACACUAAUACGGUACAGAAAGCAUUAAAUGUGUCCCGUUUCAAUGAAAUUGGUCUCGCCGGAGCCUGAUUUUUGGAAUUCAUCAAAUUUUUAACAACGCAACAUUUAAUAUACAUAUAAAUUAACAAUCUUCUUUAACUUAACUAUAUAACUUCCAUCUGAUUAGAACUAUUUCAUGAAAUAUAAUUUACCUUUUUAAUCUAUUUUCAUUUUUAAGACGCAGGUAACGGACGAAAAUCCAAAUAAAAUUAUUAAUAAUUUUUAUCUCGACUUUCGUUUCUUUCUUGCAUUUUUUCUUUUCUUUAUUAUAAGAAGAAGGAAACAUAAGUGCAUCUACAAUCUUUUUUAGUUCUAAUUUCCUUAAUAUUUCGAUCAAAAACAGAUCAAGAUAUUUUACUUGUAUUUUUUAAAUAUAAAUUAAUCAACAUUUGAAUCAAGGAAUUCUUGAAAAUAUUUUUUAACUAGAAAUAUUUUUUAAGAAUAAGGUAUGGAGAAAGUAAAAAAUAAUGCUAUUUCCAUUUAUAAAGCAUAAAGAAGCAUUAUCUCACAUUUGAAAUGGAAUUUAGCAAACGUGUAAAUUAUUAUGUACAGUAGAUGUUCGAAUGUUACUUGUAGGACACACAUAGGUGUACACGCAAUGCAAAUCUUUCAAUCUAUUACAUGUGUGCCAUACAUUGAUAAAUUAUUAGGUUCGAGUAUUAAAAAAUUUUAUAUUGAAAAAAUUAUUUAUUAAGAUGUACGAAAGAACAAUAAAUUUCCGUAUGUAAAAAUAUAAUAAACGAAUACAUUUACCUUUAUUUUUAA